ACUUCCUGUUCCACAGGAAGUUAAUUCGGAUUUACGUAAUACACGUGUUUUAGGAAGAGAAGGGACUUCGAAAGAAAACAACAACCGCCUGGGGGGGUCUUUUUUAUAUAAUAUAUUAAUUUAUAUUGAAGAAAACACAAUGUCGUUUAUAUCCAAUCAUGAAUGACCAAAUACUCACCUUGAAGAAAGAACGGCAGGAGUUGCCUGCCUAUAAAGCUCGGAAUCAAAUUAUUUCUCAUAUUCAACGGUUGUCAACUGCAAUAGUUAUAGGAGAGACAGGGAGUGGGAAGACAACACAAGUUCCACAGUAUUUAUAUGAAGCUGGUCUUCAUCAAAAUGGAGUUAUUGCUAUUACACAGCCUCGCAGAGUGGCAGCAAUGUCGAUUUCCCAGCGAGUUGCAGCAGAACGACAGUGCAAUGUUGGCGAAUUGGUUGGUUAUUCAGUACGAUUUGAUGACAUGACAUCAGGCUGUACCAAAAUAAAAUAUAUGACGGAUGGAAUGCUGUUAAGGGAAGCCAUAUUGGAUCCUUUAUUAAAACGAUAUUCAAUUGUCAUCUUAGACGAAGCCCAUGAAAGAACUAUUCACACAGAUAUUUUAUUCGGGGUUGUGAAAGCAGCCCAAAAGAAACGGAACGCCUUAAACAGGAAGGAUGUAAGCUUAAAGAUCAUUAUCAUGUCUGCCACAAUGGAUGUCGACCAUUUCUCCUCAUAUUUCAGUUCUUGUCCUGUUCUUUACCUUGAAGGAAGACAGUUCCCAGUAAAGCUCUAUUACACAUCAGAACACCAAUCAGAUUACUCUUUUUCUGCAUUAGUCACCGUUUUCCAAAUCCACAGAGAAGUUCCUCCAGAUGAGGAUAUCUUGGUUUUCCUAACUGGUCAGGAAGAAAUUGAAUCCAUUGUCAAACAGAUCCGAGAUAUUUCCAAAGACUUAAUUGGUGAAGCACCACCUAUGUGUGUCUAUCCGUUAUAUGCUGCUCAAGCACCAAUUGCCCAGUUACGAGUUUUCACUCCUGCUCCAAAAGGAACACGGAAGGUAAUUGUUGCUACUAAUGUUGCUGAGACAUCUUUGACCAUUAAAGGCAUCAAACAUGUUAUAGACUCUGGUAUGGUGAAAGCCAAACUUUUCAAUCCUUCAAUUGGUUUGGAUCUUUUGAAAGUGGUGAGAGUGUCGAAGGCACAGGCUAUACAGAGAACUGGCAGAGCUGGGAGGGAGUCUCCUGGUACUUGUUACAGACUUUAUACAGAGCAGGAGUUUGAGAGUUUUCAACCAAACACUCUUCCAGAAAUACAACGGUGUAAUUUAUCUGGAGUAGUGUUGCAGAUGUUGGCCAUGGGUAUUAGUGAUGUUGUUAACUUUGACUUCAUGGACAAACCAACAACACAGUCAAUCAUAAAUGCUCUUGACCAGCUGAAUUUUUUAGGGGCUGUGGAAAAGAAAGAAAAAAUCCAGUUAACAUCCAUUGGUAAACAAAUGGCUGCAUAUCCUCUAGAUCCACGGCUUGCGAAAGUAAUCUUGGUUGCAAAAGAUUUUAAUUGUUUAGAUGAAAUCUUAAGCAUUGUGUCUCUUCUGUCCGUUGACUCUUUAGUCUUUAAUCCUCAAAGACAACAUGAAGAAGCUUUGGCAGCAAGAAAAAAGUUCGAGUCACCAGAAGGCGAUUUCAUGACUUAUUUAAAUAUCCUGCGAGCCUACAAAGCUGGCAAUAGCAACAAGAAAUGGUGCCGAGAAAAUUUUGUGAAUUCAAAAAAUGCUCAGAUGGCAUUAGAUGUACGUAAGCAGCUACGUACAAUCUGUAUAGACCAAUCGUUUCAGAUAAACUCCUCUGUCAGAGAUUCGUCAGCAGCAGUCAGGAAAUGUUUGGUUGCUGGUUUUUUUAUGAAUGCUGCUGAACUUGAGAAAGAUGGCAGCUAUAUUACGUUGUCAACAAGAAAAGUGUGUGCCAUCCAUCCGUCAUCAUCACUGUUCAAUUGUAAACCAUCAUACGUGAUAUAUAGAGAACUGGUGCAGACUACAAAGUGUUACAUGAGAGAUGUCUGUGUGGUCGAUCCCGAUUGGCUUUACGAUGCUGCACCGAAUUAUUUCAAGAAAAAGUAAUUUCCAUUUUUGCUGCUGAACACAUCUGCUCAUUAUAGGACAUCUGUUAUAGGACAUAUCUGCUCAUUAUAGGACAUCUGUUGUAGGACAUAUCUGCUCACUAUAAGGCAUCUAUUGAAUAACAUGUGAUAGGACACUUGUUGCAUAUGACACCUGCUCACUAUAGAACAUCUGCUGUAGAACUUCUGGGUAAUAUAUGCAGUAGGACAUCUGCAGUAUCAAAAUCUGCUGUGUGACUUCUGCUCACUUUAGGACAUCUUCUGUGUGACAUUUACUAUAACACACAUUCCAUAUACUGCUAUCUACUACAUCACUUAUUACAUAAGGCGGCGAGCUGGCAGAAACGUUAGCAAGCCAGGCGAAAUGCUUAGCGGUAUUUCGUCUGCCGUUACGUUCUGAGUUCAAAUUCCGUCAAGGUCGACUUUGCCUUUCAUCCUUUCGGGGUCGAUAAAUUAAGUACCAGUUACGCACUGGGGUCGAUAUAAUCGACUUUAUCCGUUUGUCUGUCCUUGUUUGUCCUCUCUGUGUUUAGCCCCUUGUGGGUAGUAAAGAAAUAGCUAUCUACUACAUCACAUCUGUUAUACACAGAGUAAUAUGCCUACGUACUGCAGUCCACCUAUCAUAACACAAUCACCGUAACAGAAGGCAGGGAAAUGGGAACGAAUCCAUUAAAAUCUGUAAAUAAAACCAUUUUAUAUAU